GAUAAACAUCGGCAUAACAAAAACAUCGCCCAAAAAUCAUCGAUGCUCGAUGCAUCGAUGUUUUUUUACAUCACUAAAGGAAAACAAAAACAACGUUAAACACAACAAAUAAGGAAAGAAAAAACAGAAUGCAGGAUACACUACCCUCACUGGACUUCCUUUUCCUUGGUCUACCAGGGCACUAUUCGGUGGCCCUAAUUACCCUGCUCCUGUGCGUUUUGAUUGCUCUCUACUUCGCCAACAUCUUCAAGGACAAAACCGAAUUGGAGGAUGAGGGGCUGGGAGCCGACGAGCCACGCGAUGAGGAGGAUUCCGAGUCGAGGACUCCCCAGGGCGAAGAAACCGACGACGACGAAGCCUACGAGGAGAAUUCCACCGAAAGCGAGGUGGACUUCAUCGAGGAACAGAUACCCGGCCACAACUACAACCACCUGAUGGGCCAGCUCAAGGCCAAGGGGCUCCAGCACAAGAUGGAGAAGACCCUGACUCCCAGCCAGAUCGAGGAGGAGCGCCGAAUAGAGCGGGAGCAGCUGGCGGCCAUCUUCGAUCUUCUGCGCAGGCAGGAGGCGGAACUAAAUCUCCAGGAUCGCAUCAGCGACCAGGAUCUCAAGCAGCAGGUGCGGUUAUACCGCUGAAUUGGAGGGAAAUGAAAGCUCAGCUUACCUGAAAGCGAAAACUCGUGUGAUCUAUAAGUUAAAUGUUUAAAAGUCCUCGAUUUGCUGUUACCAUAUGCCGCUCCUUACUAAAAAAAAAAAACACCUUUUGAGUUGAUUAAUUUGAUGUAUUCAAAAAGUGUAUAAUUUAUCUUAUAUCUUAUUUAUUUAACAAGUGUAGUAGGAGAGCGUUAUAUGCAUUUUCAAGUAUUAAAGCUAAGUUUAAAUUAGAUUCUGAGCUAAAAAUACAUAUUUUUCGAUGUUUUAAGCUUCUUGAACUUAGCCCUAAGAUAUAAAAACAGCACAAAAAGUAUAUUCCAAGCAUAAAUUAGGUAUUUUCGAUUUGCCAAGUCCGUUGGAUAAUUUUAAAAUGUACUUACAUAGAUUUAGUUUCAUUACUAAAGGUAUUUGUUGAAUAAAUAAUGUAAUGCUGUUAA